AUGCCUUUCACAGCUUCAGAUAUCUGCAAGAUCAUUCUUGCCAUCUUCCUCCCACCAGUCGGUGUCUUCUUGGAGAGAGGAUGUGGUGCUGAUCUCUGUAUCAACAUUCUGUUGACCAUCCUUGGUUACAUUCCUGGUAUCAUCCACGCCCUCUACAUCAUUCUGAAGUAUUAG